AGCAUAACUGGGAACCUUCUAAGUCGCUUUUGUUUGUUGUCUUUUAAUAGGCACAUAGCAUCCUUCCUGUCUGUCUUCAAGCUAGUAUUAAUAGGCUUAAUAAUUGUCGGCAAGGAUCCAUUUGCUUUCUUUGGCAUGCAAGCUCCAAGCAUCUGGCAGUGGGGCCAAGAAAACAAGGUUUAUGCUUGUAUGAUGGUUUUCUUCCUGAGCAACAUGAUUGAGAACCAGUGUAUGUCAACGGGUGCAUUUGAAAUAACUUUGAAUGAUGUUCCAGUGUGGUCUAAGCUAGAGUCUGGCCACCUUCCUUCCAUGCAGCAGCUUGUACAAAUUCUUGAUAAUGAAAUGAAGCUCAAUGUGCACAUGGAGUCAAUGCCUCACCAUCGAUCAUAGCCUCAUCUAUCAGCACUGAAACUUCUUGCAUUAAGCGGUGAUUUCCAGGGCCGCGUGUCUCGGACCAAUGAAGGCCUGUACUGAAGACAGCUUGCUGUUGGUACAGACUGGAUGAUUCUCUCGCAGUCACGUUGUGCCCCCUGAAAAAACCUUAAUGAAAGAACCGAUUUCAGUGCUGGCGUGUUUCCAGAUACUGCACAUUCAUGGAGUGCAAUAAUACUGUAUAGUUUUUUUAAGAUUUCAUUCGACCAGUUCAUAGCUCAACAAUGCAGGCAUUACUAAUUGUAACUUAUUUUAUAUUCAUGUUUCACGCGGUGGCAGAUUGAGUUGAUACCUGAUUUUCCCUUGGAAAAAGUUUGUUUAAUCUGUUGUAUUUUAUAUGGAUUUAUGUUCUUUUUGUAGUUUAAAAUGAAGUUACAGGAACGUCUGAUGUUGUCCUAAACUGUUAAGUAAUCGACAGCCGCCUGUCAAAUAUCUCUGAUGUGGUAAAAGCAGGUUUGUAUAUUUUUCAGAAUAUAUGGCAGAGUUGAACAGUGCUUUAUAUACUAAAUUAUGUGAACGAAAUUAUAUUCAGAGUAAUUGCAUCGUUUUGUGAAUUCAGUACAAAUUAGUCAGCUGCUUUUCAAGUGGUGUUGGCCAGCUUGAGAGGUUUUCCCGUGGCCAUUCUGAAGAGUUUAAAAGCUGGGACUUUCUACUGUCCAAAGCAGAAAUAGGAAAUGGAAUCGAAAUAAAGAGUUCUCAUUGACUGUGCGAAGUACCUUGUGAGUCACUGAUGGUGAUGAUAUUCUUAGAACUGUAACUGAAAAAUGCAUAAAAAGUCCACUCCCAAGCCGUUAA